AUGGAUUCGGAAGUCAAAUACCUCCUAUCGCUCCGCGCUAUUCGGGAACGAGCAAAGCUUGUAGAGGAUUUAGCACAGGCCGGGAAGUUAAACCAUUUCAGUUUGCAAGAAGAGCGCUUAGAGAAAGUUGCGGACUUCGUCAGUUCCGUCAUCAAACGGGAUUUUGGCCCUGACAAAUUCGACACAAUUCCCCCACAUGGCCGUUGGCAGCAUUUCGAGGUAGGCAAUGUGCCUCGCAUUGCAAACCUGAUGGAAGAUUGGAAGAAAAACAAUUGCGACAAUGUGGAAAUUACCAGGCGCCUAAUUGACUUGUUUUUUGUUUCUGUGCUCCUGGAUGCUGGGGCCGGUGAUGAGUGGCGAUAUGUUGAGCCAGGGACAGGCCGGACGUACGAACGGAGUGAAGGAAUUGCGGUUGCUUCCUUGCAUAUGUUCAACUCACUGGUUUUCACAGCGGAGAAAUAUGGAAAAGCACCUUUGGUUGACGGGAGGGGACUGAAACAGCUCAGUUCCGAUGCGCUGGCGGAAGGGUUUCAAGUUUCAGGAAGCAACCCAAUGUUGGGGAUUGACUCCCGUGCAGCUCUUCUGAGGGAACUAGGAAAUUCCUUACUCUCCCAUCAUGAUAUCUUUGGGGAUCAAGGCCGCCCAGGCAAUCUUGUCGAUCAUAUGGUGCAAUCUGCUGGCGCGUCGUCGGAACUCGAUAUUCUCGUAUUCUGGGACGUUCUCCAAACUCUCCUCAUUCCCAUCUGGCCCAAACACCGAACUUCAAUUAAUGGGCAUCCUAUUGGCGAUGCAUGGCCUUUACAUGCUUUGCAGCAACAAAUGGCAAAACCAGAUCCUAGUACUGAGAGCAGCCCAAAAUGCAUUCAGCCUUUCCACAAGCUUACACAGUGGCUCGCUUACUCGCUUAUGGUUCCAUUCCAGCGAAUCCUAGGCCUGAAGUGGACCAACACGGAAUCACUGACCGCCUUGGCCGAAUACCGCAACGGUGGUCUCUUCGUCGACCUAGGGGUAUUGUCUCUUAAGAAAGAGGCCCUUGAGAGGGGGCUGAAAGCGUCCGGCAGCGAACUGCCGCUUUUCGAAGCGGGGGAUGAUGUCAUUGUUGAGUGGAGGGCCAUGACAUUGGUGCUGAUCGACAGGCUGUACGGAAUGAUUCUAUCUCGGAUGGACGGAGUGCAUUUAACUAUGGCGCAGCUGCUCGAAGCCGGAACGUGGAAAUCAGGCCGUGAAGUUGCGGCGCAACGUCGCCCAACAAAGUCGAGUCCAAUUCUCAUCAAAAGCGACGGCACAGUAUUUUGA